CUCGCGUUGUUUCCAUUUUAGAAGGGCGUUCUAUAAGUUUAGGCAGGAGGCGGAAGUAAAGGUACCGGGAAUCAGUUCAAUUGGCAAUGGCGCCUGGUGGAGCGGAUAGGGGAUCGGGGGCUUCUGGUGGACCUGGAACUCGUGGCUGGGUGAGGGGCGUCUACCGAUUUAUCACAGACCGUAAUGAUUUCCGCAGAAACCUUCUUGUCAAUCUGGGUCUGUUUGCCGGUGGCGUUUGGGUUGCCAGAAACCUGACUGACUUUGAUUUAAUGGCCCCACAACCAGGCCUGUGAGACAGACAAGUUUCCACCAUGAACAAUGUUGACUUCUAAAAGGCAUUAUUAUUGAAAAUAAGGUUUUUUAUGUGGCGUAAAAUCCCAUUUACAUACUGAAGAUGGGUCCUAUUUCAGCUUUCCACUGGACUGGAGGAAUGGAGUCAAGGUUCAAGGCAACACUGUAUGGAUGACAGCUUAUUCUCAUAAUUCAGUAUGGACCAUUGUCUACCAAAUACAUAGCAUGUAGCAUUGAAGAUGUUGCAUGUGAUUUGGUGUAUAAAUAGCUGUUCUCUUGUGUGUAAUGUAAUUUUGAAGCAAAAUGAACAUUGUAUAAAUUAAAUACAUGUACACAGUCAUUUGUUUUUAAUUUUUAUUGAGAAAUUUUUCUUUACAAAAAAAUGUAAAAAGUAGAUUACAAAACUCAUAAAAAUGUAAUUCCUGCUCAUCCCCAUCCUUAAACUAUCCCUUCCUCUUAAAAGAAGAAACUCAUGAGCACAUAUCCA